AUGUAAAAUUGCUUUCCUUUCACAAAUAACAAAUUUUGUAGUUUAAAUUAAACAAGUCUAAAUGUAAAAAGAGUUCAAAAUAAUAAAAUAGAAGGAGAAAUAAAGAGCAAGACAUUGUCUGAAUAAUAAAAUUUGAUUGAUAAAGAACAUUAUCCGAUCAGGUAUUUCUAAAUAUAUAAAAAAAGCAAAAAAAUAUAGUCUAAUUUCAAUUAUUAAAACUCAUACUAUUCACAGCAAACUAUGUACUUCGAAGAAUAAAUAUGUAAGGGAAAAUCAGAUAUAAGUUAAAUUGAAAAUUACAAUUCAGAUUUACGUGAUUAGAAAUAAUAUUUGAAUAAAAAAGCGAGAAUAUUAUUUAAGCUGAGAUUAAAAAUGAAGAAAAUUAUUAAAAAAUAAAUAAAUAAUGAUCUAUUUUAUAAGGAAGAGAAGUAAUAUUUCAAUGUAUAAUUUAAAUUAAAUUAGCAAUAAUAAUAAGAAGAUAAUAUUCUAAGAUUAUUUUAAUAACAUGGAUUUUAAUAUAUUCGAAUUAGUAAUAAAUAUGAUUGUCUUUUUUGGCAUCAUAAUAUUCUAUUUUAUUGUUAAUCGAAGGAUCUUAUAAGUAGUCAUCAAUUUUAAAAUUAUUUGCUUUAGAUUAAGGGAAAACUCUAUAAUGUUGAAUAUGAUAAAAAUAAAAAUCCAAAGUUCCGAAUUUAGGAUGGGAUGUUUGAUGUUAAUUUAUAUCAAAAGAAGUUUAUUUUGAAUGGCUUAGGUACUGAAUUUAUGGGGUAAUCAAACAAUAUAAAGCAUCAGGGCUAUUUUUUAUUUGGAUAAUUUUAGCAGAAGAUCGAAAAACAAGAAAUCAAAUUAUCUACAAUAGUUAAAAAAAAAAUUAUAAUUAGAGACGUAGAAACUUAAUAAAUAAUUAAUUCAAAGAUCUAUGUAAAUGAUAAAAGUUAAUAAAACAAUUAAAAUAAAAUUUUCUGGUGUAAGUACAAUCAAAUGUUUAAUGAAAAUGAUUGUUAAAUUUUGAACUAAAAAUUAUGGUUGUCAAGUAGUAUAAUUGAUAGUUUUGUAUUUUUUCUGAAUUAAUAGAAUGAAUAAAGGUACUUUACCUUAAAAUAAGAUGAUAGAAACAAAGUUUCAAAAAUUUUAUUUAUUCCAACCUAUGUAACAACUUCAUUUGGUUCAAAUUAUAACUAUGAAAAAUCUCAAACAAUAUUUUAGAAGGAAAUAUUAUAGUUCUAGGAUUUGGAAUUUAAUUUGAGUUAGAUUUAUGAUUAAAUUGGUUUUCCAAUUAAUAGAAAUAAUAAUCAUUGGUAUUUUCUUUUAUUUAAUCUAAAAGAAAAUAAUAUAUCAUAUUAUGAUUCACUAAGCACAGCAAUUUUAGAUAAUUAUCUGCUUUCAACUUUAUCAAAAUUAUUAAAAUUUACUCAAAAAUUGAAUUUUAAAAUAGAAGAGCAAUUUUAAUAGCAAAGAGAUGGAUAUUCAUGUGGAUAUCGUAUUUGUUCACUAAUGGAACAUUUUUCAGAGAAAUAAUUUAACCCUUAAAUUUAUUAUAGCUAUAAUGAGACAAGAUUAACUAAAUUAUUAUAAGAAGUUAUUAGAGAAAUAGAAUGA